AUGAGUGUAGCUUGCCUAGAUGGUCCUACAGUGAUGGACUUUGUCAAUGACUCGGAGACUUUCAACAAAUGCAUUAAGGAACACUUUGACAUGCUGGAUGCCGACGGCGACGGAGUAAUUUCCCGGUGUGAGCUUGAGGAUAGGUCCGGCAAGCUGGCGUCGAAGGAUUAUGAAUUGCAAUCUACAGAAGAGAUUAGGGGUCUAUAUGAUACCCUUUUCGACAAGUUUGAUGUUGAUCGAAAUGGGACCAUUGAUCGUGAAGAAUUUACGUCGAUGAUGAGGGAAAUCAUACUUGCCAAGGCUCGUGCCAUCGGAAAUUUUCCAGUUUUAGUUAUUCUUCAGGGAGAUAGCUUCUUAAUGAGAGCUGUGACUCGUAAAAAAGAUUCAUGA